GAUGACUUCGGCUUCAACGUCAACGUUGACUCUGCUGGUCAACACUGCAAUAUAUCCUUUGUUUCCACAUGUCGUGUUCUCAUCGGCUCUAGAACUUGAUCUACAUUGAUUAUUUGAUAAACAAUGCAAAAGUCACAGUGGCUGCAGUCAAAGGUGCGUAUGUCCAUUGUCCUGGGGUGGCCACACUGGAGCAACCAUUCUUAACUUCCUACAUGUACGAGUUUUCUCCGUUAUCUUUCCAAAGUGCUGACGACAAGUUUUAGAUCGCCUUGACUCAUCUGAAGACUAACAAUGCCGACGGAUACCGCGCUGAAGCUCGUCGAUCGUUUCUUUGGCCAGUUAUCCUGCGACGUAAAGACACUCAAAAGCUGCGCUCUUGUUUGCCGGGCAUGGAGACGUAUCUCUCAACGACAUCUGUUUCGUGAUUUCUACGUCGACUGGCAGCACCCAAGUGGUUCCUCCCAAGAUGUCCCUCAGUUGACUCGCCGACUUCUCCGCUUUCUCACUGUUGUGCCUCACUGCUGCAUACAUAUACAGUCUUUUUCCUUGACCGGCCAUCAUACGCUGGCACUCCAUCUAGAUGACUUGAUCGGGUUUGCUCAGAAAAUGCCCAAUUUGAAGACUUUGCGGUUGCAGGGGCUCCGAUGGAGCCUGGGUACAGUCCCUCUCGAUGCACUCAAAUGCACACGCGUCACCAAGUUGGCACUACUGAACCUUCGAGUGGAGUCGCUCGAUCAUAUAGCAUGGCUUCUUGAAGUCCUCCCUUGCGUAACACGUCUGGAUGUACACAACGUCUUACAACACGUUCUCGAAGAAUCCGAAUCUUCAUGUUUUGGCUCAACACAAUUGCCCUAUCAUACACGUCUUCAACAACUGAACAUGAACCAGUUUCUCCUCGACGAGUCGUUCACCGCAGCUCUACGUUUUACACGGACUUUAACCAUGAAAUCAAUUCGACGCGCCGAUCUCCAUUGGAUCUCUUCAACAAAUCUCGGACCUACUGGGCAAUUUCUUUGCAACUUUGCAGACACUAUUCGCGAUCUACGACUUGGCAUCAGGUAUACUCCUAUGUAUAAGAACGGCUACGAUGUUAUUCAGGCCCUACGUCUCUAUGCAUGUGUUUCUCUAAACCAUUUCACAAUGCUCAUCUCGGCCGCAAAUCUAAAUCAAUUCCCCGAACUUUUGAUCGCUCUAACCGCAGCUCUCUCACCUGCAAUACGGGCUAUUACCUUUCAAUUGGUGGACUCGGAGGAAACAACCUUACCUGCACAAACUAAGCGGCGACUUGUCGACCAACCCACAGGUCGCGAGCCUGUCAAUGUCUAUCCCUUUGAGAACCAGCUCUCCAACUUGGACAAAAUGGACUGGAAUCAUCUUGAUCUGGAUUUGAUGAGAUUCCGAUGCUUGGACGCAGUGUAUAUCCAAAGCGUCAAUGAUGAAGGGGUGGACCGUCACUUCGAAGUUCGACCAGCACUCCAACACUUUUUGCAUGACCGUCUACCGAGGUUGCACGCUGCUGAGCGUUUGCGUUUUCCUUAAUCUCAACUCAGGCCGAAGAGAGUGUCUUUCGGAUGAACGCAUGUUGUUGUAAUCCAUGUACUUGUAAAUGGAAUACACGGUGGUUAUAGGUAUACAAAGUCGAGC